CGAAACGUCACUUUUGGUAUAACUGUCAACCAGCUAGCUUCUAGCAAAAAAAAAGGCAACGUUGUCCGGCUAAUUUCUUAAAGUUUUGUUGUCCACAAACUACGGAAAAUUGUAUUUUUUUGAUCAAAUAAUUCUUUAAAUAAACAAUCUUCAAAUCUACCAAACAUGGCUGAUGUAUUAGAUAUCGAUAAUGCUGAAGAAUUUGAGGUCGACGAUGAUGGAGAUCAGGGAAUUGUUCGAUUGAAGGAAAAAGCAAAAAAACGCAAGGGACGUGGAUUCGGAAGUGAAAGCAACUCUCGCGAACCAAUUCAAUCAUACGAACGUGUUCGUAACGAAGACGAUGAUGAAUUGGAACCGGGACCACAACGUUCAGUUGAAGGUUGGAUUCUCUUCGUCACAUCAAUUCACGAAGAAGCUCAAGAAGAUGAUAUUCAGGAGAAAUUCUGUGAAUACGGUGACAUUAAGAAUAUUCAUUUGAAUUUGGACAGACGAACUGGUUUCUCCAAAGGCUAUGCUCUGGUUGAAUACGAGACACACAAACAAGCUUUGGCUGCUAAGGAGGCUUUGAAUGCAUCGGAUAUUAUGGGACAAACAAUUCAAGUUGAUUGGUGUUUCGUUAAGGGACCAAAGAGAACAAAGAAGUCUUCCGAUCGCAGGAGGAGAUAAGGCUUCUAAGUCUUAUUUAUAGCAUUUCUUUAAGGUAGACUAGUCGAAGAGGGGUUUAGUCUAUUUUUACUAUUCAUAGUAGCUUCUAGAAAAAACUUUAAUCCAUACACUUACUCUUUUCACUUAUAAUUUUAUAAUUAUUUAAACUAAAUAAAUAAAAACCUCAGUCUUUCGAACAAGAAGAAAAUGUUUUU